AUGUUUUCUGAAUUCUUCUCUUCCGUUUACGAACCGCCCUCACCUACACUAUCGCAGUGGAUACCACCUGCCGAUUCAGCAUCCCAUGACACUACUAUUACUAAUCUUCAUUUUGAAGUAGAAAUGGUAUUAAGAGAGCUGAAAUCCUUGGAUCCAUCUAAGGGACCAGGCCCUAAUGAUAAAGUUGCCACUCCUCUGCAACAAGCAAAGAAACAACUCUCUUUAGAAGAAGUAAUCUUAAAAGAAAAGAAGUGGGACAUUCAUAAUUCAAAUUCGAAAAAAAUUGAUAAACUAAUUGGAGAAAUGAUUGCACUUCAAAAUUUACCAUUUUCCUUUGUUGAAGGGCUGGGUUUUCGCAGAUUGAUACAAGAAUUAGCACCAAGAUAUAAUUUUAGGGGACGCAAUUUUUUUACUGAUUUUGUAUGCAAAGAAUUAUACGGCAAAGUUGCUCAAAAAGUUAAAGAAUUAAUCGAAACAUUUGAUUACAUGUCGUUUACGUCUGACAUUUGGUCGGAUCCAAGCUCAAAUGCUUCUUUGCUUAGCCUGACUUGCCAUGGUAUUGCAGAAAACUUUGAUAGAUCAUCAAUUAUAUUGAAAUGCGAGACAUUCGACGGCCGUCACACUGGUGACAUAAUUUCCGCAAAAUUUAACACCAUGCUUUCUGAAUGGAACAUUAAAAAAGAACAAGUGCAUUGCCUAAUCAGAGAUGAAGGCUCUAAUAUGAAACGAGCCGUGCGAUUAGCAGCAUUAAAUGACAUAGAUUGUACUGUUCACAAAAUACAACUUGCUAUCCGCAGUUGUUUAAGUUCGCAAGAAAACAUAAAAAUACUCAAACAAAAAUGCAAGAAAAUUUCGACUCAUUUCAAUCAUUCUACCAUCGCUCAGAAACAACUGCAAACAAUUCAAGACCGACUGAGUCAACCUCAUAUCAAAGUGUUCCAAGAUUGUGUAACGCGAUGGAACAGUACUUUUUACAUGUUCGAGCGUUUUUCAAGGAUAAAAGAUGCCCUAAGUCUCUACAUCAAUGAUAAUGAGAUAAACCCUAUUUUGCCAGAAGAAUGGAAAAUCAUUGAAAGCUUUAUUCAAUUACUGAGACCGUUUGAGGAAGCCACAAGAGAACUGAGCAGCUCUCACGCCCUUAUUUCAUCUGUGAUUCCAAUAAUUCAAAUGCUUGAAAAAAAAGUUGAUGAGUAUUUAACAGGGUCACAAGAAUUAGAUCCGAUUCGACAGGCCGCCACGACUCUGAAAAAUGAACUUUCCACAAAGUUUUCCAGCUUGGGAGAGAACAAUUUAUAUAUCAUCGCCACCUACUUAGAUCCUCGUUAUAAGCACAAAUUUUUUACACCGGUGACUGAGGAAAAGAUUAAAGACGACAUUUUGAUGAUUACAAUGACAAAUACUGAGAAUGAUGAUUCCGGUUCUGUUACUGCCAAUUCCGAAGGGGCCAAAAGAAUGAGAAUGACUGAAUUCACGAAAAAGAAUAUGGAACAAUUAGGACCAGGGCCAUCAACUCUCGUCAGAAAGCCAUGCUUAAAAAGCGACCUUGCUAUGAUGUUGGAUUCAUCGAGUGAAGAUGAGAGUCAAGAAAAGACGUUACGAUUAAAAAUGCAUAGAAACCUACCGCAAAACAAAGAAGCCCUUUUAAAGUCUUACACAACACGACUGAAGGAAGAUGUUAAAAGCAUGCUUGAAAAUUUUGAAGAAAUCAUUAAACUUGCAAAGGGCGAAAAUGAUUCUCAGCUAAAUAGGAUGACGCAAAUUGAGCAAGACACAUUUGAGAUGCAAGUUAGAGCAGCUAAUAUUGUAAGAGCAGGCGAAUCCCUAAUGAAGUUAGUUUCAGACAUUAAGCAGUAUUUAAUACUCAACGACUUCCCUUCAGUUAAUGAAGCAAUAACACAAAAUUCAAAACUCUUCCGCACAAAACAGCAAGAAUGUGACCAAAAACUAAUGUCGCUCAGAGACGAUAUAGCGGCUGAUUUAUAUGAUUUAGAGGAUGAAUAUUUUACCAGUAUUUAUAAAUAG